AUGUCAUUCGGCUGGAGCGCCGGCGAUCUCGCCAGCGCAGUCAAACUCAUCAACUCCAUCGUGACAAGCUUGCGCAGCACCAGCGGGGCCCGCGAGCAGUUCCAAGAGCUUGAAACAGAGCUCUUCGGCCUGGAGCACGCUCUCGAACACAUUGACUCAUUGUCACGAGCUGCAAGCCCCUACUCGUCAUCACCGGAGAUACAGACGCUGAAAUUCGUAUCCCUCUAUUGUGUCAAGACACUCGAGCGCUUUCACGACAAGAUCAAACCUUUUGAGGAUAGUCUUGGUGCGCAGAGCAAUAUGACAAAGCUGAGAGCGGCGCCGAGGAUGGUGAGAUGGGAGCUACUUUUGAAGAAAGAUCUGCCGGAAUUACGGCAGUAUUUGAUGGCGCAUGUUGGAUAUCUCAAUCUGGAACUGAGUACUGCUUCGCUUAAAUUGGUAUCGCGAGCAAACCAACAUCUGGACGAAAUCCAGUUACAGAAUGAACGUACUGUCGAACUGAUCGUGCAGCGAAUGGGCAAUUAUUCCAAAACGGAUAAGAAUGUUGAAUAUGUUCGAGAGACCGUGAAUCGAAUAUGGAGCUCAAACAAUGAACUCGCCAAUAUGCUCCGAACCCUAUCGGAAAAAACCACCACUCCCCCGGAUACAGUAUAUACGUGGGUACAGCAACCUAUUCGCUUCGAAAACGCCCUUGGGAAUGUCAUGCCUGUUGCCUCCGAGUCCGACUGGGAUAUUCUAGAAGCUAUCAUCUUAGCACAAUUCAGCAAGGGACCGGGUAGAAAGAAAGUCUUUGCCGGAGAAUACGAACUCUUUGAAAGUUCUACCGACCUGGUGAUUCCCAUAAACGCAACGACCUACCCACACCUGCGGCCUGGGGCGCGUAUUACCAUGGCCAUCAUAAUUGGCCAGUACUCGGGGUCCCAGCGCUGUCCUCGACUUGGUUGUUCUUCCAAUUUGAUAUCCGAUGCUGGCAUGAAGGGAUACACAGGACGAUUAUGCUCCUCAUGCGGUACGUGGGUGAGAAGGUCAGAUAAAAUUCUGCCAAAGCCUCUCCGGCCACCGACAAUGGGGAAUGUUGCUCUCCAACCGCCUGCAGCCGGGCAUAUCUCUGUCGGGCCCUCUGAGUUCUCGUCCCCAACGUAUCCAGAGCGGCUGGCGUACAAGAAUAUCAGCAUAUACGUGACAGAGCUACCUCCAACUCCUCCCAAAGUCAGACAUCACCUUGUCACGAAACCUCGUCCCCAAAGGCCACCCCAUUCAUAUGCUGGACCUCCUCCAGCGCAGAGUGCAUUCUACCCUCAUUCCUAUUACCCGUCCCCCCCAGCACCGCUUGCAUACUAUCCUUAUUCAUAUCAACCCCCUGCUCCGGUGCUAAGGAGCGAAUAUGACUCUUCUCCCUCAGCAGAGGGUAUAUACCACCCCCGCCGCUCGGCACAAAGUGCAUAUGGCCCCUUUUCCUCGUCACGGAGUGCAUACAUCCCUCAUCGCUCAGCACAGAGUGCAUACGGCUACUCUUCCCCUGCAGCACAGAUUGUAUACUAUCCUUCUCCUCCUUCCUCGGUGCAGAGUGCAUAUGGUUAUUCUUCCCCUCUUCCAGUGGAGAACAUAUACUACCCCUACCCCCGGCCCUCGCACCCAGAUGGCAAGCCUCGCAUCAAUAUCUAUGGAGAUGCUUACAAAAGAAAUGUGGAGAGCGAGCCUCCCUCGGAGGAGCUCUAUACCUCCGUGGAAGUGAAUACCCGCAGACGGAAAUUAUACCAUGAUUAUAAUCGCCAAGACAGCAUACGGACACGGAGGAUACAUGGAGAUAUUGAAGAGGAUUUAUACAUUCGUAUGCCACUGCCGCCGCGGCCGCCGUCAGGCAGGGAGAGCGCAAGGAGGCUGAGGGAGGAUAAGAUAGAGGAGAGGACAAGUCGCCGUCAACCCCCUGUGAGCAUCCAAGACACAAAUACCUAA